AAAUACAGUGGUGCAGUCCUGUGUGGGGUCCUGGUGCCCGCCAUGUCCAGGCUGGCAGCGGUGUGUGGGGGCUCCAGGGGCAUUGGGAAGGCUGUGGCCCGCUUGCUGGCUGAGAAGGGCUGCAGGCUGGCUGUCCUGUCCAGGAACGAAGAUGCUGCCCGGGCCACUGUGGCAUCUCUACAUGGGGCUGACCACGUGGCUCUCAGCUGUGACGUCUCUAAAGAGCAGGAGGUGCAGAAAACCUUUGAGACGAUCCAGAAGACCUGUGGAAACAUCUCCUAUCUUGUAAAUGCAGCUGGCAUCAACAGGGAUGCUCUGUUACUGAGGGCCAAGCCGGAGGACAUGGUGGCUGUGCUUCACACCAACCUGCUGGGCACCAUGCUGACCUGCAGGGCAGCGCUGCGCUGCAUGCUGCACACCCGGGGAGCCGCCAUUGUUAAUAUAGGCUCUGUUGUGGGCCUGAAAGGGAACGCAGGCCAGUGUGUCUACAGUGCCAGUAAAGCCGGUCUAGAGGGCUUCACACGCUCUUUGGCUAAAGAGGUCGCUUCACGCCAUGUCAGAGUUAACCUGCUCGCUCCCGGUUUCAUUCGCACCGACAUGACUGCAGGGCUGAAGGAGGACGGGGUGCCCUCUAUCCCUCUGGGGAGGUUUGGCGAGCCAGAGGAGGUAGCCCAGGCUGUCCUCUUCCUUUUGGAGUCUUCCUACGUUACAGGACAGGUGCUGGUGGUGGAUGGAGGACUGCAGCUGGCCAUGUAAGGGAUGGGGCCUACCUGGAGUUAUCUCAUUGUUCAGGACAAUGGCAGCGGGGCAGGUGAAAGUGUCACUCUGCCUUUCCUUGAAAAUGGUAUGUCUUGUUGAAGGCAUAGAAGAUGGAGACUAAAAGAAAUGGCUCAAGAGAAAGAUGAGGGGAAUGAUAAAUGAAUGAUAAACAUUACAACAGUGCUUCACGGCUGAAGUUGGAUAUUGCUCUGGCCACAUGACAAUUCAGAGUCUGGUGAGCUGUAGUGUGAGAUUGGAUAUACAGUAUUUAAUAUCAGCUGUUUUCCUAUCAGAGAUCUUGCUACUAAACACAAAGAGUAAACAACAUCUUUGCACAAGAGAUAAAAAAGCAGUUUCCUGUUGACAUAGGAGACUCAACCCCACAUCUCUCUGAGGAUCCCUGUCCCGCUGCUCUCUGUCUUUCUGCUGAGUCACUCUGUCCGGCAACAGUAGACGUGGCCUGAUGUGUGUGACAGUCGGCCGUGAUGACUAACGCUGCUGACUCCAGAGUGUCUGGCCCAGUCCAGACCUCUGUGCCCCGAGGUCCUAAAUUGAAUCAGCAGAUUGAACGCCGUUGGGUCUUUUUCCAUGACUGUAAAGAGCCCGCCAAUGAUCGUAGCACUGUGUUGUUUCCCCACCUCCCCCGAGAGACUUCCUCACAGCCAACACAUGUCCCCCCCCACCACCCCUCCACCCUCCACCAGUGGCCCCCUGAGCCCACCUCUGGAGGGGCCUGUCGAGGGGCCAGGCAUGUUGGGCUGCAGCUGGAGGAAAUUAGACUUAGUGGUGGAGGUGGGGGUAUUUUUAACUCUGGGAAUGUUUUGAGUGUCUGGUUACAGCUCUGAAACUAGUGUGGACGGAUGGGGUUGGAGGUGACUGACGUGCUCAGAGAUGAGAUUUGAAAUGCUGCGUUGGUUGUUCCUUUCACUGGAACAUGCUGUUACCAUCCAUUAGAAUCAAAACUUUAAAUUAGCAACUUCAACUGUACUCUGUUUUUUAGCGUCCAAUCGUCCUACACGUUGUAUUUCCUAUUAAAGGAUUGGAUUACAGUUACUCUGAUUAACAUUCUUAGCAAGUAUGGUCUUUCCACUGACUGAUAAUGUGUUUUUUGGCAUUCUCGUAUUGUUUUAAGAAGAGUCUGCCAGUCUAUAAAAACAUCUCACACUGUCUCUGAAGCGUUAGAUUUUUUAUUAACUUUCAUAACCUAAAAUAAAAUCAGGAGAACAAUCCAUAUACAGGCAUUGAUUGGCAUAGAAAUGUGCAAACACAGUAACUGUCAGCUGAUGCAAGCUCUGAACAGACAGAAAAAGAUGUCCACGUUGUAUAGUAUAGGUGAUGAAAAUAGUAGAUAUAAA